AUGGAGCACGCUACCCUCGAUGCAGGACAAACCAAGAUGAUUUUCGUGUCUGGUGAUCGUGCCUCUGUUGGCAAAAGCACUGUUGCUCUUGGCCUACUCGGCUCCCUUCUUCGAACGGGCUUGUACAAACCCGAAGAGAUUGCAUACAUCAAGCCAGCCACGCAGUGUAUCGACGUCCAGCUGGUGUCCAAGUACUGCAAUUUGUAUGGCAUCGCGCACCGCGGCAUCGGUCCCGUGGUGUUCUACACCGGCUUCACGCGCGAGUGCAUUGAUGGGCAGGGGCCAUCGCCCAAAGAGCUGCUCGACAAGAUCGAGGAGGCGGUGAACACCAUCGCCAAGGGCAAGAAGUUUGUCAUCGUGGACGGCGUUGGUUAUCCUUCGGUGGGGAGUGUUGUAGGGGCCUCAAACGCACAGAUCGCUCAACGGCUGGCUAUCCCCGUGCUUCUGGUUGGCCGAAGUGGCGUGGGCGAUGCCAUCGACAGUUUCAACAUCAACAAAGCCUAUUUCGACCACUUCGGCGUCAAAGUGCUCGGCGCUGUCUUCAACAAGGUCGAAGAUCCUUUCGAGGACAUCAAGGAACACGUGACGCGCUAUUUCGCGCAGACGUACCCGGAAGCGAGCGCCUACGGGUUCAUCCCGCUCGCGGCCCACCUUGCCCCCAAAGACGGGAUCAGAAGAGAAAAGGGAGCCUGCCAGCGCGAGACGCCCGUCACCCUGGCCAUCAGCGACGAGGAGAAGGCGAGGGCCGAGGCGGUGAUCGAUGCCUUUGUGGAGCGCGUCGACGUUGCCAAGAUCGUCCACGACGUUCACGCCUCGAAGUAG